GCACAGGCUCCCCGGUGCCCGCCCCUCCGCUGGGAGGGGGGCGCGAGCGGGCGGCCGGGGAGGGGCCGGCACAGCCGCGGCAAAAUGAGCCUGCUGUCGGCCAUCGACACGAGUGCCGCCUCGGUGUACCAGCCGGCCCAGCUGCUCAACUGGGUCUACCUGUCGCUGCAGGACACGCACCAGGCUAGUGCCUUCGAUGCCUUCAGGCCAGAACCGCCCGCCGGCGCCGCGCCCCCGGAGCUGGCCUUCGGCAAGGGCCGCCCGGAGCAGCUGGGCUCGCCCCUGCACUCCAGCUAUCUCAACAGCUUCUUCCAGCUGCAGCGCGGAGAGGCCCUGAGCAGUAGCGCCUACAAGAGCGCCUCGCCCUACGGCUCCCUCAACAACAUCGCCGACGGCCUCAGCUCCCUCACUGAGCACUUCUCGGACCUGACCCUCACCUCUGAGGCCCGCAAGCCCAGCAAGCGGCCCCCACCCAACUACUUGUGCCACCUGUGCUUCAACAAAGGACACUACAUCAAGGACUGCCCCCAGGCACGCCCCAAAGGCGAGGGUCUGACACCAUACCAGGGCAAAAAGCGCUGCUUUGGCGAGUACAAGUGUCCCAAGUGCAAAAGAAAAUGGAUGAGCGGAAACUCCUGGGCCAACAUGGGACAGGAGUGCAUCAAGUGCCACAUCAACGUGUACCCGCACAAGCAGAGACCCCUGGAGAAGCCCGAUGGCCUGGACGUGUCUGACCAGAGCAAGGAGCACCCACAGCACCUCUGUGAGAAGUGCAAGGUCCUGGGCUACUACUGUCGCCGCGUACAGUGAGCCACCUGCAGCGCCCCCUGCCGGCCACGCUGCCUCCCCUGCGCUGCUCCCAGGGGCUGCAUGUCCCCUGGCCAGGGGGCUCUUGGGGUCUUUGUCUUGUGUGUGUUGACAAACAGUGUUACUGACAUUGCUGCCCCAACAGGCUGUGGGAGGAAGGGGCCCGGGGCUCUUCACAGCCUGGGGGUCUGUGGAGGCCUAGGUCCCAUAGAGUCCUUGGUGUUCCCCUGGCUCUUCUCUUCUGAGAGUCCCUUUGGAGUGAGCAGCCUUGUAUUGGCCACAAGUGCACUAAAUUUACUGUGAAUCCCAAAGCCUGCAGGGGACUACUUCCCCAAGACCAUCCAGGCCAGCUUCUCUCACCUAGAACCUUUCGAUUUGCCCUGUAUGAAAAGCCACUUUGGAAAGCCCUAUCAGUCAGUCCUAGGUAGCAACCACGGGGGGCAGAUGCUUCCUCCGCAGCUGCUGGGGAGCGGGCCUCUGUGCCCUGCCCACACCGAGCCCCAAACUUUGACCGUCUCUGAUGUCACUGCAUCACACCCAGGAGAUGCACCCGGGGGACCCAGAGGGCAGAGGCAGGACAGGGAUGGCUCUGAAUGAUGCUCCAAGGUAUGUCCUGGGGCAUGUGGGGAAGCACCCCAGUGACCCCCAGCAGCACUGCCCACCAACUGGGUGCUGUGAGCCCUGUUCCCUUUCCUUCCUCUUUCCUCCCACCCACACCAGGUGCUGCAAUCCCACCAGGCUGCCAGAUGUAGCACAGAAAAUACUCUGACAGGAAGGACACAGGCCUAGCAUUCUGGAGAUGUACCGUGUCACCUGGGGCAAGGACUUCUCAUCUCCAGCCUCAGUUUCCCCACGAGUUAAGCAAGAGAGUGACACUACAAAGCCUAGAAGUCCCCCAGCUCUGAUGUUCAAGAAGUAGGCUGGCCCCAGGCCAUCCCACAGAACAGAGAGCUUUUUUUGGAAGGAGUCCCCUGGAUGGUGGGCGACACCUCCAGGAGCCCUGUACUCCAUACCACUGCCCCUCACUGUGUCGCCUGGGGAGUCACAUUCUCCCCUGCUGCCCCUGCAACUCCGCUUUGACUGUUGUCUCCUCCCUGCAACCCCCCCCCAUCCUCCUAACCCAGGUCUCCCCAGCCCUCACUGGGGCAACCCUGAGACAAGCCACAGAACCUCUCAUUUGGAAAAAGGGGACAAUGAUUGCCUACCUCCCAAGGGAUCAGAGAGGCCUCUUGGCACAUCACAUGGUCAGGGAGACCACCGUUCUGGCAGGCAGGAGGGCGCCUCCUCUCUCCCCAGUGAGAAGCCCCAUUCCUAUUGUCCUCUCCGCCCCCCCCCCCCCACAGGGGGGAGGGAGAGAACUGGCUGCCAGGACUGGGUCGCUUGAUUUUGCCCCAACAUUUUGCCUCUGUGGGAAAAAAAAAAAAAAUCAGACCAUGAAAUGGGCCUGAAAUUCAGUGUUUACCACGACUCGAGGACACCCAUCCGGUGCCCAGUCGCCUUUUGUUUUCAAAUGAAAAUGCUUUGUGCAACUGAAGAGUUACAGUGAAGUGUUAACCAAGGGUCCAGGGAGCAAGUGGACGAGAUGGAGAGUAUCUGCAGCCCGCUGGCUGCAGGGAAGAUUUGGGGGCCAUAUCCUCUGAGCACUUAAGAGCCGUCUUUGAGCUCCCUCCCUGCUGAUUGUAGGGGUGGGGGAUGGACUGAGCACCCAGCCACCUCUAGGGAUUGUCUCUGAGGCUGCCCCAGCCCAGCUGCCUUGUUUGGGUGACCUGGGUGGCCUUGGCCCAAAGCUUUUGUCCCCAAGGAAAAGCUGUUGCUGUCAGUCAUCCUACUGGGCCUCCAAAGAGAAACUUUGCCUUGGUGGCAGUAUGCUAACCUCCACUGUGAGGACAUGCCAGACAUGGGGACCGUUGGCCCAAGGAUGCCUGGGGCCUGCCAACUGGGCUGCAAAGGUAGGGAAGCCCACACCCUUAAAAGAACCGGGAUUCCAGAGCACAGGAGGCCAGAGCCAGCAAGAGAUGGCCUCUCACCCCAUAGUGGCCUUUUUGGCGGCCAUUGUCCUGACAUCUGUGCAGCAGGGGCUGGGCUAUCCCUCCUGGGUGGCCCUUGGAGGCUCUUCGAGGUCAGCAGGACACACUGCUGUCUGGGCCAGUGCUGUGAGAAUUAAGUGCUCAGUGGACCUGGGAGCCCAGGAGACAAGAAAGUGUUGUGGUUUUAGUAUGUUCAAAAGGGACAACCGCUUGCAGUCAGUAGAUCUAGCGAUCUAGUUGGGAGAUAAUGGUGUUUACCCCCCAUGAAGUAUUUGAUAGCUCUACUUGUGAAUUUGUAUUUAUUUUGCAUUAUACUUGACACAGAAUUCCUUUUUUUAAAAAACAAAAAUACUAUGUGUGUAUUUUGGAAAAAAAAAAAACUCAUAGAUGUUAAAAUUUCUGCACAGUUACCAGUUUUUCUCACAACACUGAAUUUGGUAGCUUUUCCCGAAAAAUCUUCACAGUGAUUUUUGUCUGUAUAUAUUUGAGGGCCUUUUUUUAAAAAAAAAGAAAAAAGAAAAAUAUGUUUGCCUGAUUUUUUUGAGACAAAAAAAAAAAAAAAAAG